AUGAGUUCUGAUGUAUCAUCUGCUGUUGUUCGUCGACGUGAACUCAUUCUCAUUAUUGACUUGCUUCCAUCUAUGGAAAAUGUCAAUGAAGCACAGUGGACAAGCGAGUGGCUUAAGAAUAGCAAUCCAAAUAUUGAAACGCGAAUUUUUCAAGGUAUCGAUGCUUGUUGGCCAAAUGAGACCGAGUUGAAAGAUUGUUUGGGUGUUGUAACAACGGGAUCAACUUACUCGUGUGUGGAGGAUUAUCCCCAUACGGAAUCACUCUUUAAAUUCUUCAAAACGGUUAUUCUUUUAGGGAUUCCUCUCCUUACUAUAUGUUAUAGUGCUCAAAUGUUAGUUCGUUGGCUUGCAGGAAAAGAGAAUGUCACAUGUUUACCAGAACCACAUAUUGGCUCCAUUCGUAUACAAUCUCUUACUCAUGGUGAUACAAACCAUUGUUUUUCGUUGCUGAAUAAUAUGGUAGAUGAACCUUUGAUUUCUUCGAUUGCACAAUCUGAUGGAUUUAUUUUGCCGGAUGAGCACAAGAAAUUUUCAGUUCAGGUAGGAUCAUUAAUGAAAGAAACGUGUUUUGUACAUCAAGCAUCGGCUAUUAAAUGGAAAUAUCAAGGAUUCCAACUCUUAGGUCUUCCAGUGUGGGGCAUUCAAUUUCAUCCGAAUUGGCCUGCAGAUGGAGCUGAAGCCGUAUUUCGAAUUGUUAAAUCACACAAUUCAGAUAUCGUAGUGCAAAGACAAGGCAUUUUUGAUGAUAUUGGACGACAUCGUGUAGCCUGCAGAUUUCUUUCCGCUUGUUGCACAAAUCUUCCAAGUUCAAGUGGCAUCGUUUAA